GCAUAUUAGAGAUCAUCAUCAUGAGCGACACUAUCACGGUCUUCGAGACCAUGUUGAUAGUCAACACGAGCAAGAUCACCAGCACUAUGAGCAACAUCAUUAUGGAACGAGCAGGGGUCCUAGAGGACGAGGAGAGCGCGAUCUUUACUACCACGGACAACAUGGACAUCAACAUGGAGGAGCUCCAUAUGCUGGAGGGCACGGACAUCACGGACAAGCAUAUGGAGGAGGACACCACAACUAUCCGGCACAUGAUCAUCAUCAAAAUUCUUUCCAACAUGGGGACCAACAUGAACGUUCGUAUGGGACGAGGAGAGAGGAACACUCGUCCACCAACUAUCAUGGCGUAGGAGGUGGGGACCAACAUUCGUCCAACACCUAUCAUGGCGUAGGAGGUGACAAAAAUUAUCGGCCACCACAUUCUGAAGAGCAACGGACACAUUCUGAGGAGGAUCAGCGUGCUUUGGCUGCCAUUCUAGAUGCAGCGGGAGAGCAGUUCUUUCAAGAUGACAAAAAGGAGCCACAACAAAAACAGGAUGCCAGUAAUGCCUGUAAAAAUGUUGAUUCAAGAACAGAGGAACUAGUUGUAGAUGAACAAGGAGGUGGAAAUAAACCUCCCAUCAGACGAGGUUACUACACUGAAGACAUGAUGAAGACGCAUGAAUUGCUACUGCCGAAGAAGCCUGAAGCUGCCGCUCUCGAACGACUCGGAAUUGACGCUGUAGCGGACAAACUCCGAAGCACGACUUCGGUUGGGGAUAAUUCUGCAGGUGCAGAAUUUUCUCUGCUCCUAGAGGAGAAAGUGGAGCACUUGGAGGGAGACGCCAUGCGCAGAUUGAGGAUUCAGGGAGGUACUUACUACAUUUAAGUACUUACUCGAAAACUGAAAAUAACCGAGUUACUGACUGAAAUAAGGGAGGUAGCUUAGCACCAAGGCUACUCUUCCUUCUCGUCAGCAUCUCGUUUAUUCUAAGUAGUUACUCGCUUAUUUCAGUUUUUCGAAUAGAUGAUUAUAUACUGACAUCGUAAGACUACUAUAUAGCAUCUAUUGUCUUCUUCCCAUGAUCGUCCCUUGUGUUUCUGAAUAUCUCGAUGUUCUUGCACUAUCUCAGCUUGUGAUAUCUCAAAAGGGCCAACACGCUAGUGAUAGAGAAAUUUCUUGUGUGGAUUGCACCUAUGCAGUUACUCAAUUCUAGCCAACAUCAGGACCCUAGUUGUAACUUGUAAUAGCCAAUAUCGUACCUAUUCUAGCCAACAUCAACACCCUAGUUGUAAUAUAUAUGCCAUUUAUCGUCCCUACAGCCGAGACCAACGCGGCUGUGCUUGCUGUGAUCCAAGAGUUAUGGAGCAAUGUCUUCGAGGAGUUCGUGGCCACUGUGAGGAUGAUCCUGCCCUCUGACAUUGCGGUUGAUUGUGAACGCCUAGAGGAAGCUGGAGCCGGAAUUAGCGCCACCGUUGAUACAUACACAUCUUCUCCGAGGAUUAGUGGAGCAGUGUUAUGAUUCCCCUUGUUUUUCCAUCUCUAUCCGCCUCUGUAGUGUUUUGCUGCUCUGAUGUAGUUCUUUUGCUGCUGGAGAAGAAGUCCCUGUAAUUCAAGAGAACUUAAUAUACCCCGUGAGUGGGAGGUACAUCUAUCUAUCUAUCUAUGCUCUCAUAGAUGACAAUGCUAGGGCAACAACAAGGCUAGUGCCAGGGAUCGUCAUCUAGAUGAAUAAAAGCCACCUCUAAAAAGACCAGUGGAGGAGAGGUUAGUGACCCUGGAUGGCGACCUAGACAGUUGCUGCUCCGCAAUUGCACACAUUUUAGACGUGAAAAGAAACUACUACCAGGAGCGACUGAAUGAGCAGCAACGACUGAAGGUUAUGAGCAGGUCUUCCUGCCCUUCGAACAAUCAAAAUGCUGAAAGUAAGGAGGCCGAAUUGGCAGAUGCUCAUGGUCAACAACUCUCCGGUGGCGCGUCAACAUCUUCUCGAAGAUUGUGGGGACCAGUUGGACCUUCGCCUACAAGUAUCUUCAUGUUUUCUUUUCGUUCCUAGGUGAGAAUCAAAUUCGAAAACGAGGAAGAUGAUCCGUCUUUUCUCAUUUUGAGGUUCAAAUCAAAUCCGUUGCAACAACAGGUAAGUGUGACCUUUCCGUGUCCGUCCCUAGCAACAUCGGCAACGUGACCCACAUCCCCAACGACGACGCCAUGAACAACUUUGACCACACUACAAAAAGCAGCAACGCUGGCCCCACACCUAGGGCAGGACCAAACACCACAAUGCGAAUUAAGGCUACAACUGCUACUAAUUUGUGUUUUUUUGUUCUGUAUGGUGGAUAAGGAUUUUUGAUUUCAUCUUCCUCCGAGGAACAUUCAACAUUUUAGUUUGUGAUUUAUAAGGGGGUGUAAAGCUGCACCAGUUAGGAGAAGUUGCAUCUUUCCAACUUUUUUUCGGGGAAAAGCAUGUUGAAUCUCAAUAGUACGAGGUCCUUAGCUCUAAGACACGUGACUUCCGUCAACAGGCGCCUCAACGAAGGUCAGGUGGCGGCUCUAGCGUGUCUUCUACACCUUGUCACGCCACAGCAGGCGGUGUCACUCGGUCCUUGGAUGAUACGGACUAUUUUUGGCGGUUUUUCACGCCGCCAGACAUGGUAGCCAUGUGCUUCAAGGGGACGACGAAGGUCCUUACAACUGCUUAGAUAACGUACGACGCGUUUCAAGAGAACAACUAUUACUUACUAGGACAACUAAUAGUUCUUGUGCUGAGAUCUUCGUCAAUCUUCGUGUAUAUUCUUUCUAUCUACUAACUUUGUAACUAUAGAAUUCUAUCUACUACUACUCCUAGUCCUGGCUGUACUUACAUUCUGCUCUCUAUCUUCUAUUUCCAGAACGCAUCUCCUUGAGAUCAAUCUGAGAAAAUUCCAACAACUGCAAGAAAAAACUCCACAGCCUAUGUACCACAAGGGUGAGCCGAUAACGAAGUUGUGCAUGAUGCUGCCCAAGUCAUUGGCGCAAGUGAAUUCGCGCAAGAUCAAGGAAAUCAAGGAAAAAAGCGGUCUACGAGUCCUCUCCUUGAACAACAGCAACAACAUCAACCUCUUGAGCCAGGACCUUUUCGCAAUCUUCUUGCAAGGAAGUACUAUUUUUAGCUUUUUGUUUUUUGUUUCUUUACUACUACUUCUAGUUAUCGUGACUAAGGGUCGUUUUCAAGUACUGCAGUUAACAGGAUGACAUUCACAUUGAUUUUGUUCCUUCAUCUCUUGGUACAACUUUUUGUUCUACUUCCUCCCUCUUUUCUUUCAACGAAGAAAUCAUCCCAUCAUCAUCCCAGUUGUCACCGACAUCGUUUCUGCUAUCGAGCUGAUCUAUGCUCCGGCCAGUGCCUUCGCUCAGGGCAGCAAGAUCGUUGCUUACAGCUUGUUCCCCGAGAAGGUUCUGCAGUCCAUCGUGAACGCUUCCGGUUGCGGUGUGCGGGAUGAAUUGUCAAAAAACUACGGGGUAGCGGGAAUUUUGUGUCGCCGUUCCGAGAUGCAGAAGCUAUCUGGGUCUCAGCGUCUUCUCGCGUGGACGGGUCCGAAAACGAAAAUCGCCCAAAGCCUUGGAAAAUGCCUCAACAAAGUGAACGUACUAACGAAUUGAGGAGGACUGUCGUGUUGGUUGCGCAUAAUUUUGCAUCUAUUUAUAAGGUGUGCAGGAGAAGAACAGUACAAGUCUCCCUCGUCCGCCAACACUAUUUAUGAGGUAGCUUAGGUUGUCACGUGGGUCGUCUAUGAAUAAAUGAAAGGAUAACGCCUGUGCGAUAUUUUGAUGGAAUUUCUAUCAUCAUGUUUGACUUUGAAUUUGUUAUUAGAUAUAUGGACUAUGGAAAAAGACGUUGUAAUCAGAUGAGGACUAGUAAGUUUUUUCUGAUCGCAUUCCUGUUUCAUCUUGCUGGUAUUUGACCAUCACUAGCUUUAUCUUUACGAGUGCUAAUCUAUUUCAACACAGGCUGACAGCACUCGAGUUCAAGAGGUAGCUGAUCAUGGUGAACAAGUCGCCGUCGCUCACACACCGUCGAAUGCAGAACUACUUGAAGCUGGGAGUACACCACUGGGUGGGACAUCAGUUUCAAAUAGGGCAGCAGCAGGCGUCUUUGGGGAGAGAUCCAAUACCGCUACAACAAGAAGUCUACUGAAUGUUAUGGCUACUACCGCUGACUUUUAUCUAUUCUGAGGCACUCGAGAGUGGUUUCUGAAGUAGAAAAAGAACCAUCUUCUUGAAGCACACCUCACUUUUAUAAUAACGACCUAAAGUAGAACGCGAUAGCUCUAAGAAUGGAUGCGAUCAUGCCUCUUUAGCUGGCGCGAUUGGAGGGUCAUCAGUUAAUCCAAAGUCGACCUUUCCUCCUUCGACAACUAGUACUCCCUGCAGCUAUAACCUCCUAAACUUAAGGGUUAACCAAUUACAUCCUCCACAACCAUCCCGCACUCUCUUUCUAGUAGGAAAGAGGUGGGGGAUGUGCUGAAGAAUGUAAUGUGGCAACCUUUAAUAAACAGCAAUGCGAGUACAGGUGGAGGUGCUCCUCCCUUUGGAGGUGCAGCUCAAGGAGGUCACUCACAAAACAACAACGGAAGUGGAAUGCAUCAGCUCCCCCUGCCACCCCAAGUCGGCACUGGCGGGCAGCUGGCAGGUAGCAUGAACCUGAACAGGAGCUACGGUAUUUUUAAGGCUAGGUUCUCUGUAGAAGAAGAAGACGUGUGGUGUAGAAGAAGCAUUCCAAUGUGGUGUAGGCUGAGUGAAGUCCCAUCCUUUGAUUCCUUAAAAUAAAGGGGAAAGAAACUACCAAGGGGGAAAUAAGUAGGGGGAAAUAAGUAGAAGGAGAAGGAAAACAAUACACUAAGCCAGGGAUCGAUAUUGAAAAACUAGCGCUAAUAUUUUGAACAUCAAUCAAGAAAAGCUGCCGCACAUCCGCACCUCAAGUCGGAACAAACACACGGCUGGGACGGCGCCCUUCGUCGCGAGAAACAACAGUCACUUAUACUUAUGAAUCAACUCUGUCCAGUUACUUCAGGAGAUCAUCUUCGAUACCUAGAGAGGGAAUUUUUGCAGUUACCUGUACGUAAAGAAUGCAUGGAUGGAGACGGGGUCAUCAGAAAGGGGAUUAUUGUAAGCUGCUUAUAGUAGUAGACUGGUUGUUUAGUAUCAAACGCUACAUCUGUUACGAGAGGUACUCUUUUAGAAGACAUGACUUACAGCAUAUGGUCACUUCACCAUGUAGUUGAUCUGAAUCUAUUCAUCUGGUCGUUCCGUUCCGCUGCUUUGCUUUUUUUGUGCAUUUCGUGGCUUUUACAAACGACCUAGAAUGUGGCUUGCUACCCUUCUCUCCGCUGGUUUAGACUACAUUCUGUCUUUACCGGAUCGAAUGUUGGGCACAACAGAUCCUACGUACAGUACUAAUAUAUCCUAAAGCUGCUAGUACUACAGCAUUAACUACAGCAUUAACCUAGCACUUCUCAUUAAAGAAAAUGCAUAUAUUUUCAGUUCUUCGAGGUUCAGUUGAUAAGAAAGUCCCUGCAGGACUCCUUCCAUCUCUUCUAAUCCUUGGGUUGUUGAAUAAGCAGUCGACAACGCCUGUGAUGGCGAACAGCGGACAACAACAGCAGCAGCCAUUUUUCCGUUCCACGACUGGUCUGGUUUCUCAAUCUCAGGCAGCACAACUACCAGUCCUUCAGCCGGGAGGGCAACAAGCAGGUCAACAAAGCGCCAUAGUGCCCUCGUCUCAACAGCUGGGAGGGCAGUCGAUUGCCGCAGGUGCUAUGCCUUCGCAACAGCAACAAUUCGGGGGCUCACAACUAGCGGAGCAGACCACGUCAGGACAGACACCUAGUAUGCAUGGUACUACAUCAGAACAAGGCUUGCUUGGUGCGUCUCUGGUGACAGCACCUAGGAUGCACGGUACAACUGCAGCAGAACUACAAGGUACAACUACACCAGUAAUAUGCAGUACAACUGCACCAGGUACUGCUGCACCUCUGUCAAGUUUAGAACAGGCUCUAUUCAAUGCAGCGUCGUCGAAUGCAGCCUUCUCGAGAUGCGGAUCUUCAUUUGCAAAUGUGAAUAUGGGGACGAGGACGACGCAACAAGAAGAAGCUCUGCAAUUCGGUGGUGGACAACAUCAACAUCAGAAUGUACAACAACUAGGACUGAAUCAACUAGGACUAGGACAAGGACAGCAACCUGGCACUACUCCUUGUAGUUCUACAGCGAUGAUUGGUAGCGCCACAGCAAUGCUUGGACUCUGUAGUUCGACAUCUACAGCUGCAUCGUCAAAGGAGAGCCCUAUCAACGUAGGCACUCGCAACCUGUGCCCUGCGACCAAAGCCGACGACGACUCCUGCCUUCACACGGGUAAACAUGAAUCCAAACGCAAGCUUCCGCACAGUUUAGAACAAGUCCACACGACUAGCACUUGUUUAGAAGAAGGAAAUGGUAAUGGACACACUACUUUGGAACCAAGUGGAGCUAGCGAUUUUUGUAGUACUAGUAUUAAAGCUAGUACAUCAACUACAACAUCUUCAACAAGGGUCGAAUUCUUAGACCAAGACGUGAAGAAACAUGCGCAUGUUUUGAGACCACACGAUAACAAGAAGAACGAUGAUGGUGUCAUCCCUAUGCUAGACACGACGACGACAUCAGAAGGAGACAUUCUUGGGCUUACAGCUGUGGCGAACGAAAGACAGGGACAGCUUACAAUCCACGACAUCCUGGACUCGGCGCCGACGUCGUCUGAAGAAGCUGGCGGCGACUCUACCUCAUGUUAAGACUAGGAAGUUUUGGAAAAGGAUCUCCGUUAAUAGCUAGUAAACUAGCCUAAUAAAAAUAUAAACUAGCUAAUUAACCUAGCGACGCAGAAAAAAACGAUUUUUAUGAGUGGAAGCAGUUUUACCUGUGAUAAAAAACAAUAUUAGCGUUUAUAGUAUUAGCAAUGGGCUUCAAUCUCUUAAGGACCUCCCUUAAUAGCUAUAGCAGAUCCACAUCCACUAUGAGCUGACGUAUUUCUCAAGGACGAGGAACGUGAUAGAAAUAUUAGAGGAUUCGGGAAGAUAUGUAGGAGAAAGGAUUUCUUUAGGUCAAACUACAACCUAACCGGAAGCCCCUGCUAAUGAUUGCUAGAAGCUGGCGCUGCAGAGUGGGCCGACACAUAUACUGUCGAAGAAUUGAGCGCUUAUGUUGCGGAACUGUUGGAUAUUUCCGAAAGCGAGAAUGCACUGGAAGCGAAGGCAGAGAACGAUACGGAGAAGGCGGAGAACGAUACGGAGAAGGCGGAGGCGAAGGACGAGGAAAAAGCCGAUCAUGAUGGAAAAGAAUCGGCGGAGGAACAGAUAAAACCUGUCGAGGUCGAAGGUGAGAAGAACACCGCAGAAAAAAAGGCGACCGAAGGAAAAGGAAUACUGCUUGAGAACCAAGACAGAGAAGGCGCAGAGAAAGUAGAGCAGGCCACGAUUGCUGCAGAUCCUCCGAGUAGCGCACCGAGUAGCACUUCUCCCGCCCCUGAUGACGCGGGGGCUUCUGUAGUUGACAAAGUAGAAGGACUUUCUUGCGCAAAAGAAGCAGCAGAAGAUGCGCAGGCAAAGGGGAUUAUCGCCGUUGUCGGAAAUGAAGACGAAGAUGCAAAGGCCGCUGUAGAGGAAGCACGAGUCUCAGGUACCGAGGACAUAAAGAGAGACGAGAAAGAAGACGAGAACGAUUGCGCUCCCGACACUGGUGCAGUUGUUGAUGUUCACAGAAAUGUUGAGACAAAUGUUCAUGAGGUUGAUGAACCUGCAGUACCUGUUGUCGAUAAAAUCAGUGACAUAAGUAGUGAGGAGAAAACUGCAGUACCUGUUGUCGAAAAAACGAGCGAAAAAGUUUUAGUAGAUCCUGCUACGACAGCACCACAGGCUGCAGUCAAAAAUACAGAGAUGACAAUUAUUACUCUUCAAGACGGACAAGAAGAUGCAGCUACAGUUCUUGAGGAGGAGAACAACAUCAGUAAUGUUGUGGGCGCCUCCGCCUCGUCGACAGACGAAGACGAAAUGGAAGUCGAAGAUCAUAUUGCCAGUGGACGGGAGAAACAAGAGACUACGUCCUGCUUAGAACCUUUGUCAGCGGACUCUUCGGACAGUUUUAACGCUGAGCAAGAAGAGCAACAAAAGGACGUUGGGAUGGAGGAAGCGAUAACUACAAUGGUGGAAGCUGGAGGACCAGAAGGGGCUCGAAAAACUACAGAGGAGCAGAAUGAGCAAGAAAAUGUAGAGAAAAUGCCUGCCGGUCAAGACGAUGAGAGGCAAGCAAACGUGGAGAAAAUGCCUCCCGCUUCCCUUAUAAUUGCAGAGGACCAGAAGCGAGAUGAGAUGCCUCCCGCCAAUGACGAGGAGCAGAUGGAGCAAAACCUAGAAGCAAAAAUUUCUGAGCGGAAACUAACAUUGGACUGUUUAGUACCCUCAAACGAGGAAGUAGCCCUAGAGCAAGAAGAUAGUGGUAGUGGACAGGAGAAACAAGAGUCACCACCUCCAGACGUGGCACAAACUACUUCUAGUGCCGAAAGUAGUGGCCAAGAUGACGUAGAAACAACUAAACAGGCAACUCAACAGGAAGGAGAAACUUCCAAUCCGGAAACGGGAGCUCCUUCACCGAGGCAAGAUGCUAGCAUGGGCGUGACUAACAAGGAGGUCAUUCACACUUCUUCUACAGCUUCCUGUAGUGCAGCCGCUGCCGAGGUUUCAGCUACUUCUUCAACCGGCAGGGUGGAUCCAAAAACUGCAUAUAUGAGCGCAACUACCUCCGCCAGUAUCAUGAUCUCUCUGGAAAGUCGUGAAGCAUUUUCCGAAGGGAUAUCUCGUCUCGACUUAGAUCCUAACGCAGGAGUUGACAUCCGGCUGGAUCCUCAUAUUUGGUCUGUCGCAGGAGUAAAGCUUGCCAGAGUAGAGAUCAACAUCAACCACGUGAACAAUGGCGUCGAUUGUAUAUCCCAGAUACAACUCUUAGCUGCAAACUUAGAAGACAGGGGAACGACCUCAACUACUUCUUCUAAGCGCCUAGCAGCCUGGGCUCUGGAAGAUGUGCGCUUAGGUGAGGCCUUCGCUCGUGAAUAUCAGUUUGUGAUGUCUACCCAGGUUAUGCAGCUAGUUGCAGAAAAGGUUGAGCCGUCCACUUUUUCUCAGGAUGACACCAACAAGCGAACUGAGCAGAAAUUAUCGGAAAGCACUUCUAGAAGUACUAAAAAUAUCCAAUGCGUAGUUUUUGUGCCUCCGGCUCGCUUCAGCGAACUCUUGUUGCAGCAAGCUGCGCGACGCCUGUAUUCCCAGAAUCAUGUGGAAGCUGAAGAAACAUCCCAGAUCGUUUUAGGGCCCUUACUGCCGAAAGCCUGUCCGCCAUAUUCAUUGAUGUCGCCAACACCAACAGGAACAACAGUUGUAGGUUGUUCAACAUCGCAUUUCGCAGGAUCUUCAAGCCCAACUACAUCAAAAGGAGCAGGAGCGUCGCCCUCGAGUUCCGGCGGUGGCCUUUCCGCAGCUGCUGUUGCGAAGGCUUCUUCAACCACAACAACCGCGGUGGAGGUGAUGAAUGCAGCGCAUCCGAAGUCGUCGCCUGCUUUGGGCACCUCAAGUGGGAGCUGCCACAUACAGCACGCACCUGCUUCACAAACAUCUACUUCCCAACAGCAACAACUUCUACUACUAAGUGGUCAGGGAGGACAGCAGGAAUCGGGAGGAUGUGGUGGAGCAUCAGGACCCCCACAGGACAGUACAACUAGUUGUACUACAACUACCACUAGUUGUAGUUCUUUACCACAACUAGGAGGAGGAGGUGCUCCUCCUGCUGCUCCAACUGUCGUCUUCGGGAGUGUGGAUCCCUACACUGGAGCGAUCAUAACAACCUCUUCUAGCUCCGCCUCUGGGGCAACCUUGAGUGGUGCAGCACUAGUAGCCGCAAACUUGAGUGGCUCCUGUGGAGCGUCUCUACAAUCUACUACUGGAAGUGGUACGGGUGGUCCCUAUCAACUCCAUCACGGGAGCAAAAAAUCAGCUACUAUGAUGAAAGGCAGCUACUAUAAGGGCGGCAAGAACAAGUAUGCAGCUCAUUAUCAUGGUAAAUACGGAUCCUACCAGCAUCAUCUGCACGGAGCAGCAGGUGGCAAGUAUGGAAGGGAACAACACCACGCGCCUAGUUCUUCAGGAAGUUACAGCAAUCAACAAUUAUUGGCACUACAACAUCAGCUUCUACCGACAACAAUUGCUGGCAGCAGUAAUUCUUGUUCCGUUGUGGCGGGUGUCGUGGGUGUGGCAAGUACUUCUACCGGUUCAUCAUCUUCCGUCAAGGUUCACGGUAAGUAUGGCGCUCCCGGAGUCUAUCAGCCGCCUCAUCAGCUGUCUUCUCCGGGUACUCCGCCAAGGGAAGAACAUCAGAAUGGAACCGCCAGAUGCGCAACAUCAACUCCCAGUUCAUCUGCAACUACUAUAUUAGCGGGACAGGGACAACUAGCGGGACAGCAGGGACAACUUCACACGGCAGUUGUAACUAGUACAACUGGUAAUAAUAUGGGAGGACAGCAGGAGGGACAUCAAGCCUUCACUGGCGCUGCAGGAGUAGGAACACAUCACUCGGUGUCGGGACAACCUCUUCAGGUUGGAACUUCUGCGCCUUCCCCGUCCGCUCAGCAGCAGACUUCGCACAACCUUCCACCCCUUGGCACCAAUGAACCCCAACAGCACCAGUUGAUGUAUCCUAACCAUGGCACUAGUUGUCAGUCUGGUGGAGCCGCGACACCUUCAGGGAGUCUACCACAACUGAAUGUUAAGGGUUCAAAGUUGACCUAUCAUCUAAGAGCAUCUCUAUGGCUUCUUCAAGUAGGAAAGCCAUAGAUCAUAUGCGAGCUAGAGACGGCAACUUUCAACCCCUAAGAAAGUACUAGGUGGAUCGAGUGGGACGCCGAGCAUGGCACAGCUACUCCAGCACCAGCAGCAUCAAUCUACAACUAUUCCAUCUGGACUCCAAAAUGGAUUAGCAGGUGGAGGACAUCAAGCUUGCCUAGGUGGACCUUCUGCUGGACAUCAAGGUUUACUAGGAUCUUCUGGACCUCACUCGAGUAAUGCAGUACAACAAGUCUGUACAACAGCGACUAUGAUGAUGAAGAGCAGAACGAAAAAACGCGGUCGCGGCAAAAAGCGUGGCUCUCCUGGUUCGAGGUCUGGUAGCUCCUCCUCCACCUCCUCCAGCAGUUCUAGCUCAUCCUCAUCCUCCGACUCGUCUGCUGACGCUAGACGCCGCAAGAAGAAGAAGAAAAAACUGAAGAAAAGCAAAAAACUUCUUCUGAAAAAAGAAGCAGCGAAAAAAGUGACUUCUACCUCUACUACGGCUAUUAAUAUGCAUGCCAAUCCACAUCCAGCAACACAGAACACUUCUCAACAUACUUCUAGUUCUCAACAUACAGCUAGUAGUCCUGCACUCGCGGCCCUAAAUGCCGGUAAGGGGGCCUCUUCCAUGUGCGACAAGAAUGGGACAAUAAAAGUACUGCCACCAGCCAAAGUACUGCCACCCGGAGGAAAAAACAACACUCUUGCUGGAAGCAUGAGUCCUCCAACGACGACCACAACAGCGACAACAGCAGCGACGCCAGCAGCCACGACCACAACAACAACCGCGACAGCACCCACAGGAGCAAACAACAGUUCUGCUUCUGGUGGUACGACUUCCGCAGCAGCUGCUGCAUCUUCACAAGUAAAUUUAAGGCGGUACCUAAUUAUUACAUAGAUCUUUAGACCACGCAUCCUUGAUGAAACGUAUGGAGGAGUAUCCACCUGAGGGAAAAGGACUCCCCCAGACUUUUCAAGGAUGCACUUGAAAGAUGAAUUAGGGACAGCUCUAAUAAACGUAGUAGUUGAGACGGCGCAACAAGACUCGCGGACCUCAAGCUCAAAUGACAUCAAGUUGACGGGAACUACAGAGGGCGACGUGGAGGGAGCGACUCCUCAAAGGAAAAAAAAGCGUAGUUCUAAAACGAGUUCAAAGAAAUUAAAAUCAGCAUCUCAAGGAGAGCAAGGUCCGGGAGAGCAAGGUCCGGGAGAGCAGUUACCUCCUGUGCUCGCAAGCUCUAUUAUGACAGGAAAAAGUGUACUCAUAGUUGUACUCAGAAAACUAGCUGCUUUCCUAGGCGUAAAACCUACUAGCUACAACUAGCUACAACUCACAACGGAACCAGGCAGUUAUACUUGUAGCUGCUACGUGGUUCGAAUGAAUGAGUGAGUGAACAAUGAGUAAGUAUGUACUAUACUAUGAGUACAGGAGUUGUUUAUGUUUUUCCUUUCAUAUCAUCUACAGUUGGUGGAUCCUGUCCUUCGCCUAGCGACUCGUGUAGUAGUCAAGAAGACGACGUUGAGACUCCACCGAGAGAAGAAAAGAAGAAAAAAAAGAAGAAAAAACGCAAAGUUAAGGUCAGCUUUCAUAUGUCCAUCUUUCUCGGCAUCUCGGUACCCUUUUGUUCCCCUGUAUUGUUCUCACGAAUAUUUAGAUGAGGGGGCCGAGAUGCAACAAUCUAGCAGACACUAACAAAGACCAUAA